UGGCUUCAGACUCCGCCCCGCUGAGCGGAGCACCGAGAGACGGAGCGGCCGCAGCGGCACCGCCGCCGAUACCGCCGUCAGCACCGCCAUCAGCACCGCCCGCACCGCCACCGGAACCGCCGCCGGCCGCCAUGGCCGAGUACCGCAGCCUGCUGGAGGAGCUGGCGCAGAACAUCACCGCCGAGGACCUGGAGCAGCUCAAAUCCGCCUGCAAAGAGGACAUCCCCAGCGGGGAGGGGGAGGCCAUCGCCACCAGCCAGCACUGGUUCGCCUUCCUGGAGAAGCACAGCAAGCUGGACAAGGCCAACCUGUCGUACAUUGAGCACAUCUUUGAGAUCUCGCGCCGCCCCGAUCUGCUCACCAUGGUGGUUCAGUACCGCACGCAGGUGCUGAAGAUCUCGGAGGAGGAUGAGGUGGACACCAAACUCACCCGCAUCCCCAGCGCCAAGAAGUACAAGGACAUCAUCCGACAGCCCUCGGAGGAGGAAAUCAUCAAGUUGGCCCCCCCACCCAAAAAAGCCUGAGGGGGGGGGUGAGGAAGAGGAGGAAGAGGAGGAGGAGGUGUCCCCCCCCCACCGCCUCUCCGACCCCAUAGGGGGGAUAGGGAUGGGGAGGGGGGGGGCACACGGUCACUAACAAAAGUCUUAAUGCCCCCCCCACCCCAAAACCAGCGCUGUGGGGGGGGCUCUGCGUGUGCAUGGGUGUGCACGUGGGUGUGUGUGUGAGCGUGAUUUUGGGGGGGGCUUUGCUAUUUCCAGGGAACCCCCUCCAACCCUUUACCCAAAUCAUUGGGAUAACAGAAACAGGGACUCUCCCCCCCCCCCCGUAUUGUGGUUUGGCUUUUUUAGGGGGGGGUGCAUAGGGACCAUCCCCCCAUCCCAAUGCUGGGGUGGGGGGCACAGAUAGGGACCUCCCCCUCCUCGCCAGUUGUGGGGUGGGAAGCAUAGACAGGGACCACCCCACUGUGGGGUGAGGGGCACAAAUAGGGGUGCCCAAUUUUGGGGUGGAGGGCACAUAGAUUUCCCCUUCCUUGCCAGUUGUGGGGGUGCACAGAGACCCUCCCCACCGCCACCACUUGUGGGGUAGGGGGCACAAAUAGAGACCCCCCCCAAAUUGGGGUGGGAGGCACAGACAGGGAAACCCCCAGGAACGUGGUUGUGGGAGGGGGCACAGGGUCGAAGGUGGGGGCACGUUGGGAUGGAGGAGAGCAGCAGGGCUGGAUGUGUGUGAGGGGGGGGGGAGGGUCCUUUGCUGACUCCCCCCCAGAGGGGCUGGAGGAGGGCAUGAGGCUGGAAAGACUCAGCACCAUAGGGUGGGGGGGGAAAGGGGGGAAGGAUGUGCCCCCCCCCACCCAUGGGGGCUGCAGUGGGUGGGGGUGGUGAGUAGGUGAU